AUAUACAAAAGGAAGAAGCUAAAAAUUUUCGACACCAAAUCCUGCGGUUCAUCCUUGCUGAUUUCUGCGCUAUUGCUUAGUGCAUACAUCCACAUCCACAUGCACAUACAUAUGUACUACUGCGCAGCAACCCGGCAUUCGAAUAUCUUAUCUCCUUGGUCGCGGGUUUCCUGUCGGCCCGCGUGGCCCGGAAAUUAGCGCUAGCUCAUCUGCCAAUACGCCCCCCUGGGCAACUAUAAAAGAACUUUCAAACCAGCACCUCCGCUCUCUGCACAUAACGACAUACCAUUAACUCUGGGCAAUAGUGGAACAAGCUAUGAAGGGAGCUCGAGCCCUCCUAAUCCUGCUAUAUACAGACAAACUGCCACUCAAUUCAUUGUACGGAGUAAUGCAGCGCUGGUUGUUGAGAAGAUCUAAGGUUGGAUCGGGAAUGUGUCUUGCAGGAACUUAAGGAGACAGCACGAUUGUUGACCUAGGCAUACUAGUGCUUCCAACAUCCUCAGGAAUAUCACUAGCCUUCAAAAUAAUGAUGUAGUAUGAACACAUGAAAUGGCAUAUCGUUCCACAACAUGGCUCAUCAUUUGGUUUUUGACUCGUUCUCACGCCCAAUUAUCGAUUUCCGGACACAUGUUUGCUCAAUAUAUCCAAUUCCGAAAAAUUUCAGACACGAAAUUUAUGUCCAUCCCAAUAUAUCUAGACGAUUUCCCCCAAUCAUCCCACGUGACAGCCAUGCCAACUUCCAAGGUUUGACCACACGCCAUGCUUGAAUAGUUGGUGAAAUUAGAAUCCUGGCGCUCCAUCCUUUACUCACGUGGAAGAAGGAAAAAUAUAAAAUUUGAGAGAACUGUAACAUGUGUGCGUACGCAUUCGCACAAUAAAACGUAUCGGAUUUUAUGCAAGCAGUGGUUCAAACUGUUUUGCCUGAAUGAUCACGGUUGGAAAUCCCUGACACCUUGGCUAUUUUGGCCCCUGUUGCCUAAUUUUUCCGAGCGGCCGCCCCCCCGCCCCCCCCCCCCGGUGCUGUGCUUAGCGUUGUCAUCCUGCCUCUGUACAUGAUGCGCCCCUCUGGAAGUCUUCCCCGGCAAUAUAGCGUAGGUUGACGUUUUAUCAGUCUUGGGAGUCUGAAAUGCACUCCUUUCACCCCACCUACCCAAGAUAGAGGCGAAGGGAGAGUCUUGUGUCCGUUCACCUGGGCGUGGAAUUUCGGAUUGUGCGAAGCCUAACCGGUGUUAGUUUGUGGGAAGAGGAAGUCUGACUGGUAUCUGCCCUGAGACUGUGGUGGGAUAUCAUGCUUAUAUUGGAUUGAAGUAACCACCGAGCGAGCUGCCUUGGCACUUUCUAGUCAGGAGAGAAAAUCGACGAAAAAUAAAAAUAUGAAGACAAGGUACUGGUGAAGAAACUUCCCAAUCAUGAAUUCAGGACUUUGUCAUUUUCACUGGCAACGUUGCCCCAACCCCCCCCCUAUCUUUGCCGAUGAUAUUCGAUUUUCCGCAUUUUCAUGCCCUUCUCCCCCGCUUCUCCUUCACUAGACUUGUGAUGAGAUGACCUGGGGGUCGUCUCCCCCCGGUCAACCAACCUUCUUCUCUAGUGUGGGGUCAAUUUUCGUCCACCCACCCCGCUCAAAACGACAAGUGGUUGCUAGUUGGUUGAUUGUGUUUCAUUGCAUGGAAAUCAUUGAGGCUAGUCACUAGUAACUAAGUGAGGAGGAUGCAGCAGUAACUAAUGCAAACCAGUUAACAUUCCUUCUUCAGGAAUCAGCACGGUGUGCUGCCCGGUGUGCGUUUGAUGAGACUCCACUAUUAACUAACGACGUUCGAAAUCUCUCCAACGUUAGUCGGAGUUUAACUGGAUUGAAUCUUACUAAGUGUAUAUCCAGUUGAAUAUGAUAAACAACCUACUUGAUCUACCCCACAUCAUUCUUUGAAUUCCGUGCUUUUGGCAGCUGGAUGAUCAGCUCUCAGAAACAACUUUCCGGUGGCAUUGUGUGAUAUGGAAGUCUUUAAGGAAUAGGGCAAAAGUUUGAAUCUCGAAUACAUGGCCAUUUCGUCUAUCGCCGUUUCUGACUACCUACGGAGUACUUUAUCGUUGAGAUGGGGCCAACAUUAGGGUUGGAGGGGUUGGCGUUAAUCCUUGAACUUCGGAGAAAACAUUUUGCCCCAUCGCGAACUUCACCCUCUUUGACCUUGGCCCCCACGGGGAAGCAGAUGCCAAGCCGACCCGUGUGUUAAAGGCUGACCACGCUUCGCACUCGAAUUGCAGUCAGAUUUUGUUGGAAUGGUGGGGGGGGGGGGGGGGGUAUGGGGGUAUGCGAAUGGCAUGGAUAGAGUGGUGGAAAUAUAUUUAUGGUUAUUGGCAGGGUAGUUAGCCUCUAAAAGCGUCACGGCGAGAGGUUGUUGGCUAAUCCUAUGAUUCAUCGUGAGAUUAAAUUGAUUGACAUUGCCUUAGCCGGUAGUAAGGGUUUUGUUCAUCAUUUUAGCUCGUCGUUGGUAGUAAGUUAUCGCGGAUAUUCGUCAUGUGAGAAUAUCACCUUCGAUCAGGACUAUUGUGAUAGGCCAAGUAAUAUAUAGUUAUGACGGUCACCAUCCGACCUGAACCAAAGCUCUCCUUCACCUAUCGCUUUGCGGCCUUCUAAGGCUAUCUCUCAGAGAUAUUAUGGACCAAUUUAUCGAAAAGUUUGCGGCUUCCCAUUGAUUAACGGUGAGCACUAAGCCCCAUAAAAUCUAAACCUGCGGGUAUGAAAAUAUCGAAAACUUGUGCGAAUCAUGACGCUAUCCCCGGAUCACAAGUGUAUCUCAACUGCGCGAUGACGUCGCAAGCACAUCUGUCAAUGUCCCAAUUGAGCAAUUUGGCCAUCUGGUAUUUCGUAUUAGGUAAAACCGGAGUGAAUGCGGGCACAUAUAUCGUUAUUAAACAUCUGCGGUUGGCAAUAUCCUCUUUCCAUUGUGCGACACUCUUUUUCAUCGGUAACUUAGCAAACAAACAGACGUUACCUAGUAGUGGAUAAAUACUAUGCUUCCAAUACUUGGGGCCUCAGCAUACAAUGGACCCGCAAGUACUAAUUUUAAAAAUUGUGAACUUGGAUGAAAAGGAGUAAAUAUGCUUUUGGCACCGAACAUUGUUGGACUGAAUAUAGGUGGCGCAAGGCUUAGCUGAGCUGUAGUUAGACUUUUCUCGCCGUCUGUCUUUUUAUUCUUAUUAUUCGCUUCCAUAGGGUAUGAUCAUUUCUUCUCAAAUGCAUGUAUCAAAAAUGCAAGUAUGCAGGCUCUGCCUCUCAUAUUUUGAAGGAUGGUGAUCUGGGAAGCUCGCAGGACAGGGACCUAGGUGGCUGGCUGUGUCCUCUGUCCCGAUUUGAAAAAUAUUCCAGGCCGCACUUUAUCCUCCCUUCAUCUGUAUUUUCUUUUUCUUUUCCUUCUUAUAGUUUUUAAAGCUUUGCAAUCAGCAUUCAUUUGUGAUUGUAGUCCUUCUCUCAUUUUUGACGCGACAGAUAUCUAUUUCGCUGACAUCAUUGGCACGGAAUACCCUGUGGAAAGCUAGCCACGGGCAGGUUAAACCUGCGACAGCGGAGCUUUGUUCACCGUCUUUUUAUAUCUUUGCCUGCAUCUGCUCCCCGUUCAUGUCGAUAACUGAGUUUGAUGUGUCACAGCUGUAUAUCAAUGAAUGUAGUGGACAGACCAGUGGCGAUGACAUCCUGAAAUCGGUCAAAUAUGUAACAUCUCUCUCGCCCAGGUUAUGUAUACGCAGCGUAAAGUAUGAGCGGCUUUAAUAGUUUCCUGUUGCAAUUCGGUUUAUACCACCUGUAAUGGGAUGCUCACAGCUAAUAAGCUUCAACGAAGGGAUUAUAGGCCCAUAUUAACAUUGGGGGGGAUAUGACAGAGGUCUCGGCCUUGAUAAUAAAGUUUCAUAGAGCGGUAAUAAACAUUCGGGCUGCAGGCAUGUCACGUGAGAUAUGUGGCUGAAAUAUGAAAUGACGCUGAGCAUACUCCGUUAUGACUUGACGUGGCUGUGCACUUCAACCUCGAUUUUGAGAAGCUAUCAGCAGUUUUUGACGUUACGUUAGACCUGCAAAAAUGGAUUGAUUCCAUUUUGAGAAAUAAAUUUUGGAUCGAGUGUACGUGCGAAAAAGGGAUGGGUUCAUCGCAGGAGGAUGAGGAGACCUAUGGGCUUCCCGACUUCAACAAGAGGUUCAUCAAGGACGAGGAGCUCGAGCACUUCGAGAACGCCCUCAGCGCGCCGGAAGCUGCACCUCUCGUUGCGAUUAAUGACUGGCGCCCCAUACAUCAGAGAGUGCGGAAACCAGGACAGCGUCGCAAGGCCAACAGAACAGUUGACGAAACGAGGGAAGGGUAUUUGUAUACAAUCCUAAAAUGGCCCUUGCUUUCGCUCGCCUUGGGUUGGAUUUCGGUUCUCAGCGUUCUCUACAUUCUCACUCGGCUAUAUAUUUACCUCUACGAGCAUUUAAUCACUUGGAGAGGAAAGAGGCAAACGUUGAGAAGGCAGAUGAGAACUACAAGAAACUAUGGCGAAUGGAAGGAGGCAGCCAAGAAGCUGGACUCCUAUUUGGGGAAUGACAAAUGGAAAGACGUGAACGAGUAUGCAUAUUACGACCAUGGAACCGUCAGUAGGGUCAAAAGCCAGCUGGAGGCGCUAAGGGCCAAGGUGGAACAAUCGCAAACAAAGGGCGAUGAUUCUGUAAAGCUCGGCCCGUUGCUGGAAGACCUCCGUGUGUUGCUGGAAGGAUGUGUCAAGCAUAAUUUCGCUGGUGUUGAGAACCCACGUCUGUACAGCGAGACAUAUUUUGGAACCAAGCACCUAGUUCAACAAUUCAUCGACGAAGUACAUGCCUCGUUGCAGCUCAUCCUUAGAACCAAAGAUAUCCCUCAGGAGACGAAGGAAGCUUUUUUCAAGCACCUGGAGACUAACUAUGGUCGCACGGCGUUGUGUCUUUCUGGAGGAGCUACAUUCUCAUACUAUCAUUUUGGGGUCGCCAAAGCUCUCCUUGAUAAUGGUGUGCUCCCUGAUAUUAUUUCGGGGACUUCUGGAGGGGCCCUUGUAGCCGCGCUGGUAGCAACUAGGACCGAUGAGGAGCUUAAAAAGUUACUUGUACCAGAGCUGGCCUAUAAGAUUAAGGCCUGUGAAGACCCGUUACAAGUUUGGAUACGGCGAUGGUGGCGAACGGGAGCUAGGUUUGACACGCUCGACUGGGCUGAAAAAUGCAGCUGGUUCUGCAGAGGCUCUACUACAUUCUUGGAGGCGUAUCAGCGCACCGGACGGAUUUUAAACGUCUCAUGCGUUCCGUCGGAUCCUCACUCUCCUACAAUUCUGGCAAACUAUCUCACAUCGCCCCAUUGUGUCAUAUGGAGCGCAGUCAUUGCCUCCGCAGCUGUUCCCGGUAUACUAAAUCCUGUCGUGCUGAUGAUGAAGAAGCCUGAUGGAACGCUCGCCCCCUAUUCCUUUGGCCAUAAAUGGAAAGACGGUAGUCUCCGGACUGACAUACCGCUGAAGGCAUUGGAUAUACAUUUCAAUGCCAACUUUCCUAUCGUGUCUCAAGUUAAUCCCCACAUAAGUUUAUUCUUUUUCAGUUCCAGGGGGAGCGUUGGCCGUCCUGUCACACAUCGUAAAGGCCGUGGUUGGCGCGGGGGUUUCCUAGGAUCGGCCACAGAACAAUACAUUAAAUUGGACCUCAACAAAUGGCUCAAAGUCCUCAGACAUCUCGAACUUCUUCCUCGGCCACUGGGUCAGGACUGGAGUGAAAUAUGGCUGCAACGGUUCAGCGGAAUUGUUACUAUUUGGCCAAAAACUAGUCUCUCUGAUCUAUAUUACAUCCUGACUGACCCUACCCCGGAUCGAUUAUCGCACAUGAUACAAGAAGGCCAACAUAGCACCUUCCCGAAGAUACAAUUUAUCAAGAACAGGAUGAAGCUCGAGAAGGUGAUCUCCGAGGCGCUGAAGCGCGAUGGUCGUGCUUUUGCUCGCCAUAUUAAUACGCCUUUGCCACCUGAAAUUGACGCAUCCGCCAACGACGGUGAAUUGGACCAACAGGUUGGUAGCUAUUUGCAGGAAGACUUGGAUAAGUGGCAGGAUGGGUAUGGCGGCACAGGCAAUGCACGAGUUCCAGAGUCAGAUAAUAGACCACAUCUAAAACGUCGCAGCAGCGUUCUUGAAGAGAUUCGACGGCAGUCAGCUGUUUUUUUCGAUGACCUUGACGAGGCUGGGCCGAGUGAGGAUUGAACAGCUGCUAAGAAGUCAAGAAAGAGGGAUGAGAGUUGGAUGAUUGAUUUUUUACAUCCUGUGGGACUGUCUGAACUUUUUUU